UUUUUUUUCUCUACUCGCUCUUUCAUUUCUUCUUCAGCAUCAAGAAAAGCGAAACCUCGCUAUUUUACAAUAUUGCUGAGUUUUGAAAUCGCUCGUCUCUACUUGUCUCGUCUCGCCAAUGCUCAUGUAGAACACUAUUUCUCUCUUUCUUUCUCUGUUGUGUUCAUGGUGUAUUUCGAUUUUGUUUUGAGUUUUUGGCAGGUCGCUGUGAAACAAAUUUCAUCAAUCUUUCGAAAUUUCGAUUUCAUCUGUGAAAUUCUAUGACUAAAAGAACAUCAGAAGAUAUGCCUCCUUCAUUGGAGAGGAGCAGGAAUGGACCAGACUUUUUUGGCUACUAUAGAGCUCAAGUAGAAGACCUCUUGUCUCAAGAAGAGAAGGUCCCUCAUCAUAAACAUGAAGCUACUCACAAGUCUUCUUCUGAAGUUAUAGGAGCUGAGUUGUCUGAUCUCAAAAACGAGAAGUUGAAUGCCUUGUUAAGGCAGUGCGUGUUGGAUUCCGUUCCAGAGGCUGAUGAGAUGCAGUCACGUGUUGAAUCACUGCACCUGAUGUCUCAAUUGAGUAACAAAAAACCAUCUAUACCACCAACUGAUGAAGAGCCUGUGAUUCCUGCGGAUCCUACGUUUAAAGAGGUGGAGGAUGAUUUAAAGUUACUUAUGAAGUCUGAUCCUAGUCUUGUUAAGGAAAUAGUGAGCAAACAUUCGAGUGAUCUUCGUUCCCAAAUCAACGAAAUGCAGCAGCAACUUGAGAAAGUACUUGACAACGUGGUCACCACAUGCAGUCUUGUCAACAGACCUAUGCGCCGUGGUGAGAAGCGGGAACUUCAGAAAUCAAUUAAGGAGCUACCUGGACCAAAUCUUGAACGCGUUGCUGAAAUCAUUAAAAACCACUAUGUAGCUUUGGGGAGAGAAAUGCCUGAUGAUGUUAUCGUCAACAUGGAGGAGGAAGAUGACAUUUUGCUCUGGAGAUUGCAUUACUGUGUUGCAACAAUCAAGAGUGCAAGGAGACUCGCUAGCUAGAUUACUGGUACAUAAAUCCUUAUACCCUUGACUCAAGUUGUGAGUAUAUUAGGAAAUGAGAAGGAGAUAAAGUGAUAAACCUUAACCCAUUGCUUGUAACUUGGGUUGUCUUAAAAUUUUGACUACAUAGAUCCGACCGGUUUUGGUCAGUACAUCUGUACAUGGAUUACAGGAAAUAUAAAAGAUAUUUGGUCUUUUGUUUUGA